GCAAGAAAUUUCCAUCACGCAGGCCGAAUUUUUUGGAUGGAAUGCAACUCGAUGGGUAUAAUGAAGAACUACAACUAGCAUUCGAAUUCCAUGAGAAUGCGCGAUCAGAAGAAGCAGGAUAUAUGCAAGAAGCAAGGUAUAUGUCUUAUCGAAGUGCCUUACACAUGUGA